UAAGGACAUCUGGAAAGAAAGAAGGUUCUAUACCUUUUUCCAAUUUUCUCUUUGCUUCGUUUUCAUUGGGAAUUUUUCCUUUCCCUUCAAAUUUCCAACCCAACCCAUUUCCGGGAAACCGCGGCUUGUUUGUUUCCCAAGCAAAAUUCUCCAAUCCGUACAUCCUUAUAUAUAAAUACACCACCACACACCAUAUAUCUUCCACUCCAAAAUCACUCAAAUUAUAAAACUUCUGAUUACCUCUCCAUUGGAAGGGUGAAAAAAAGGAGAAAAUUCCCGAUGAUUGUAACAGGCAAAAAACAGGCAAAGAGAAGCAAGAAAUCGGCGGGGGCGGGUUUCAAAGUCGUGUACAUUUCGAGUCCGAUGAAGGUGAAAACCAGCGCCUCGAAGUUUCGAUCUCUUGUCCAGAAACUCACCGGUCAGGACUCGGAUGCUGAGAGAUUCAUGGAGAUGGCAUCGGGUGGCAGUGAUGGGAAUGGAGAAUGGUGGGCAUCGGCGUCGUUCGUUGACCACCAAGUGAUGGGCGAGGAGGAUGUAAUGGUGGGAGGAAAGGUGGAAGCGGGGGUUGGGGGUGUGAGUCCGCUGGAUGAAUUGGCGUUUCUGCAGAAUUUGGAUGGGAAUUAUGCAGAAAUGUUGAAUGGGUUUUGGCAUGAUUCUUCGACGGCAGAAAGUGAGAUGCCAGGUUUGAGUGCACUGCUGUAGUUUCGGAGUAGUUCAUAGUUUCUCCCAUUUUUUGAUUUUUUGUUUUAACUAAAAUGAUUUGUAUAGAUAGAUGAAACCUUUCCCAGCCCUUUUUCUUUGUCCACAUAUAGUUCAUAUUGUUUUGAAUAUAAUAUAUACGAUCAUUUUGAGAAUUUAUAUCAA